AUGGAGGGCUUUCAUUUGCUCUUGCUCCUCGCAGUCUCUCUCGCUUUUGCUUUUUCUUAUGCAACUCCAAUAAAAGUGCUGGAGUUCUACUUCCACGACAAGGUCGACCUAACCAAUCCCAGCAAUUCCACAGUGGUUUUCGUUGCAGGCCCCAAAAAUGCCCAGUUUGGAGCGGUGUUUGUCAUCGACGAUGUUCUCACCAAGGGCCCUUCCCGUGACUCCGAGAUUGUGGGGAGAGCCAAAGGGACGUACAUCAGCGACGAUUCCACCAACACCACAACCGGUUUGUUCUUGACAUUUGUGGCUGUGUUCAAGGAUGGGACGAUGAGCAUGCACGGCCAAGACAACAUCUUCGAUGAAGUCCGAGAGCUUGCAGUGAUUGGAGGCACCGGAACCUACAGAUUUGCGUCGGGGUAUGCGCAGAUUAGGACCUACAAGCUCAUUCCGCCACUUUCGUGGGAGGAGGAACUCGGAAGAUCGUGUCAGGAUCGGCUUUGCAAGUUGGUAGCUUUUCCUCCUCCCUUUAAACUCCAAGCCCUAAAGAUCAGAUCUGAUGAUGGCCAAGGGGCGCUGAAGAAGAACAAAGGGGAUCCUGGGAGGGGAUAG